AUUUAAUCGUUAAAUGGAUUACUAACAAAAUCAGUGUCAACAUCUAGAUCUUAUUCCUUUUAAUAAUAAGUUCUUUUGUAGAUUAUGUGGGAUUCACAUGCCUGAAGAUGGGAGCAUUGGAAUUAAAGCUUUGAAUUUUAGUUUUCCAGGUUAUCUAAAUCCAAUACAAAAUUUGAAGAAGUAAUGGAAUAGAGCAGUUCCAAUAGGGUCAUUACCAGGAGAAUAUUAGAAAGUAUUCAUAAUCUAAAUUAAAUAGCAACGCUUAUCUUUAAUUGAUUAUAUGAUAGAGUGGAGUGAAAAGUUAAAACUGUCCAUGAAUUCUUUAUUUCUUGCAGUUUAAUUUUUAGAUUAUUUUGUAUCAUAAAAGAAAGUAGACCCUGUUUAAUAUAGACUGUAUGGUGCUACUUGUCUUAUGUUGGCAGGUAUAUAUUUAUAAUACUUGAGCUAAAUCAAUUGAAUUGGAUGAAAGAAUUCCAUUUAUUAGUAAGUUAAGGAGAUAUACUUAUUUACCUUAUGCAACAUUAGAUUUCAGAAGAUGCGAGUGCCAAAUCAUUAAGUAGUUGAGUUGGAAUCUACAAUGCACUACUUUGAUUGAUUGGGCUGAAGCAGUGAUCUCUUUAGGAAUAGUCUACGAAUCAGAUGAAUUAACAUAAUCUGAAAAUGUUUUAAAAGAAAAAAGUACUAACAUUCUUCAGCAAUAAAACAAUCAACACAUAAAAUAAGACAUUUUUAAAGAACACCUGGAUCAAGUUUUCAAAUAACCCAUUGUUGCUCCCAAAUAGAUUAAUGAGAAGGUUUAAGAAUAACUAAUUAAACUAUGUGUAUCUGUGCUUAAAGAUGGAACCUUUUUAGACAAAGAUCCAGCAGAAUUGACAGUUUCAGUAAUUGGAUGUGCUCGAAAGGCUAGUGGAUUAAAACAUUCAAUGUAAACUUAGAAAUUUAAAUUAGACCAAAAUGCUUGUUUGAAUUGUUAGAAAAUGUAGAGCCAAAAUUUUAAGAAAGUUUAACUGAUCAGUUUAUAAAAUAAGUAAAAUAACCAACAAGUGUGUUGGGACGAGCUUUUACAACAGACUUAGAUUUUUUCAGUCUUCAAAAUUACAAACAUAGAAUAGUAUGA